AUGUGGAGCGCGUUGGGCCCCAGCGGACUUCCUUUCUUUGUUCCCCUGACGACCGCGCAGCGGGAGAUGGUCACUCGAUAUCACAACCAGGCUCUACAAGAUGCGCAUGAGUUUCGGGAUCCAAUACGAUCUCAUCUUCUUCCUGCAAGUACGUCCAUUAUCCUCGAACGAGAAGACGAGCCGCUGCCACGUGAUUUGGACGCGGAGAUGCGUGCCAUGGGCUUAGGAAAAUAA